CUCUGAUGUUAUUUCCCCUUACAGAUGUGGAUGAAUGCGCCGAUAAGGAGCAGCCAGUCUGUGGAUUGAAUGCGGUGUGCUUCAACAGCAAUGGCAGCUACUACUGCCAGUGUGACUCUGGGUACAGAACGAGAUCACGUGCUGUCAAUUUCACACAUGAUUCAUGUGGAGACAUAAACGAGUGUUCUGAAAUGAGGGCUGAUUGUGGUCCCAACACAAAAUGUAAGAACACAGUGGGAUCGUAUUCCUGCAGCUGCAAACAGGGAUUCGUCUCCAGCAACGGGACAGAAGCUUUUUUGGCCACCAAUGGGAUCACAUGUACAGACAUAAACGAGUGUGCUGAAACCAGGGAUUAUUGUGGUCCCAACACGACAUGUCAGAACACAAUAGGAUCAUAUUCCUGCAGCUGCAAACAGGGAUUUGUCUCCAGCAACGGGGCAGAAACCUUUUUGGCCACCGAUGGGAUCACAUGUAAAGAUGUAGAUGAGUGCUCGGCUGAUAGGUUGAUCUGCGGAGAGGGUGGAGACUGCAUCAACACAGAGGGCAGCUACAAGUGCAUCUGCAAGCGUGGAUUUAUUAACUAUGGCAUUGACCUGGCAAAGUGUGUUGAGCUGCCCUGCAAACAUUUUGCACCAGUGGGUUCACAUGACCAGAUACCAGCAGGGAUUGAAAAAAUUUUAUCACAGAUGAGAGACAGAUGCAAUGCCCUGAAUGAUUCUCCUAGACCAGAAGGAGAGACACUGUUGGAGAGCCUGUUAACCAUAAUGGACGAGCUGCUGUCGGCUGGGCCGCUGACAGUUAACGGCAUGGUAACCCUCUUCCUGAAGGUGGUAGAGGAUGCCCUGCGGCUGAUAGGGUUUCUAUUGCCCAAUAACAGGACCAGGAAAUCCACUGACCACACAGACAUGUUUUUUUUAGUGGAGAGAGGUCAGAUGUCCCCCAAGGGGAAGAUCAGCCUGUCGACUGAACACGUACAUCUGGAUACACACUGGGAGACUGCUGCCGGAGAUACCACCUACCCUGGGUUUGCAGCUGUCUCUCUCAUGACUUAUAAAGGCCUGGAGUCAUCCACCAAUGACUCAUUCCAGGGCCUGAGCGCAAAGCACAACGGCACCAAAUUCUCAAUGAACUCCAAAGUGGUGACAGUCAGCGUCAGCAAUGAGAACACGGAACACCUGCAGAAACCCGUCACCCUCACCUUCUCACACCUUCAAGAAACGGGGGAGAACCGCUCCCACUCCUGCGUUUACUGGGACGGGGCGAGCGGGGGCUGGUCUGAGCGGGGCUGUAAGGUGGUGCGCUCCAACUCCACGCACACGGUGUGCGCCUGCUCUCACCUGGGCAGCUUCGCUGUGCUGAUGGCGCUGUACAAGGUGGAGUAUACAUUCCAUUUGGAGGUGAUCACCUGGGUGAGGCUUUCCGUGUCUCAGGUGUGCCUUCUGCUCUGCAUCGUCACCUUCUUCUGCUGCCGCUCCAUCCAGGGAACACACAACACCAUCCACCUCCACCUCUGCGUCUGCCUCUUCAUCGCCAACCUCGUCUUCCUCGCAGGCAUCUCCAGCACACAGAACAAGGUUGGCUGUGCGCUUGUGGCCGGUCUCCUUCACUUCUUCUUCCUGGCGGCGUCCUGCUGGAUGUGUCUGGAGGGGGUGCAGCUGUACCGCAUGGUGGUGCUGGUCUUCAACACCACGCUGCACCCCCUCUGCAUGACGGCGGCCGGUUACGGCAUUCCCGCCAUCAUCGUCGCCAUUUCCGCCGGCGUCCGCUCCGAGGGAUACGGCACCGAGCGAAUCUGCUGGCUGACUCCAAAGCAGGGAUUAAUUUGGAGUUUCUUUGGUCCUGUCUGCAUAAUCAUCACGGUGAACGUCUUCUUCUUCCUAAUAACAGUGUGGAAGUUGGCAGAAAAGUUCUCUAGCCUCAACCCAGACUUCUCCAACCUGAGGAAGAUCAAGACAUUCACAGUAACUGCAGUCGUUCAGCUGUGCGUGUUGGGCAACAUGUGGAUCUUCGGCUAUUUCCUGUUUGAAAAAGGCAAUCGCCCCUUGGAGUGCAUUUUCACUGUCCUCAACAGCCUACAGGGGGUGCUGCUGUUCCUGAUGCACUGCCUGCUCUCCAAACAGGUGAGAGAAGAGUACGGCAAGUUCCUGUCCCACCUCUGUACGUCUCAGAAGAAAUGCUCUGAAAUUAGCACCAACCAAUCUGGCAGCUCCCAGGCUUCCAAGAGUGCUCAGCACACAGAAGAGUCACAAAUCUGAUGGCUACACCAAGACCCAUGAUGCUUUCAAGUGCUGGAUACUGUCUUUCCCACCAUGGCCCCCUCUUUGACCUCCUCUGCUCCCCCUAGUGAUCGUUACUGCAUAAGAUAAGAAUCUGAGCUGAAUUAAUGCAAUCAGCAAGGUUGCGCCAAUCUAUUGGCUAACUGGUCAAGAGAGAGCCAGGCUAUUGCUAGACUCCAUAAAGAAAAACUAUUUGGUAAUUUGAGUCAGGGAGGUAAUAUUAUUGGUGGAUUCUUUGGGGUAGAGAAAUCACUCUAUAUAUGGGGCGACAUAGCUCAGGAGGUAAGACCGAUUGUCUGGCAGUCGGUGGGUUGCCGGUUCAAACCCCGCCCUGGGCGUGUUGAAGUGUCCUUGUGCAAGA